AUGAACAUUACAAAAAUCGUAAAAGCUUUUGCUCCUUCAACAUUGAAACAGACGAGAUGCAUUGCUUCUCUGUCAGCAUUGCCUGAUACAUAUCAAAUGCUUUAUAAAACUUGUCGUGAUUUCGCUGAAGGAGAAUUGAAACCAAAUGCUGCUAAGUAUGAUCGCGAACAUCUAUAUCCUGGUGAAGCUAUUAAGAAAAUGGGCGAACUGGGACUUAUGGCCAUAGCUACUCCAGAAGAAUUGGGGGGUGCUGGAUUAGACUAUCUUGCUUAUGCCAUUGCUUUGGAGGAGAUAUCCCGUGGUUGUGCAUCAGCUGGAGUGAUAAUGUCUGUAAACAACUCAUUAUAUUUAGGGCCUCUUUUACACUGGGCCAAUGAUAAACAGAAACAGGAGUUUGUUACACCCUUCUGCACAGGUGAUAUAGUUGGGUGCUUUGCAUUAUCAGAACCAGGAAAUGGUUCUGAUGCCGGUGCAGCUUCUACCACUGCCAAAGAUAGUGGUGACAAAUGGAUCUUGAACGGCACAAAGUGUUGGAUCACAAAUGGUUAUGAAAGCAAAGCUUCAGUUGUAUUUGCUACCACAGAUAAAAGUAAAAAACACAAAGGGAUCUCAGCUUUCAUUGUACCAAAGCCUAUUCAAGGCUUAGAAUUGGGCAAGAAAGAAGAUAAGUUAGGAAUAAGAGGUUCCUCCACAUGUUCACUAAUGUUCGAAGACUGUGCAAUUCCUAAAGAGAAUAUUCUUGGAGAACCAGGAUUGGGUUUUAAAAUUGCAAUGAUAACAUUAGAUUCAGGACGGAUUGGUAUUGCUUCACAAGCUUUAGGUAUUGCUCAGGCGUCAUUGGAUGUUGCCGCUGAAUAUGCUUCAAAACGCAUGGCAUUUGGAAAACCAAUCAUGAAGUUGCAAGCUAUACAAAACAAAUUGGCCGACAUGGCAUUACAACUAGAGUCGGCGCGACUGCUUACAUGGAGAGCAGCUUGGUUGAAAGAUAAUAAAAAACCUUACACUAAAGAGGCAGCAAUGGCUAAGUUAGCAGCUUCAGAGGCAGCUACGUUUUUAUCUCACCAAUGUAUUCAGAUUUUAGGAGGAAUGGGCUAUGUGUCUGAUAUGCCCGCAGAGCGACACUACCGCGACGCCAGAAUCACUGAAAUUUACGAAGGCACUUCUGAAAUACAGAGACUCGUUAUAGCUGGCCAGCUCAUCAAGGAAUAUGGUCUUAACUGA